AAUCUAAUCGCCAAUUAGAAUUAGCAGAAAAAGAAAACCAAGAAAAUGAAAAAGUUUUAGAGCAAUUGCUGAAAGAGUUCAAAGACCGACCUAUUCCUGCUCGUUGUGGUCAGUGCGGUGAUAACUCGGAUCAUUUAGAUGUCGUGCUUAGUCCCUACUCCACUCAAUUACAAGCCCAAAUUAACCAACUGCAAACGGAAUUAAAAGGACUUACUCCGGAAGCUCAACAAUCUGAACUCCGCACGGAAAACCAACAACUAACUACGGCUUUAGCUUUAAAAGAAACCGAGUUAGCUGAUUUACAAAGCCAAAUUAGAGCUUUAUCUCACCAACUAACUGAAUCAGAAAAUAGUCAACCUUUACAAAAGAAGCUGAAUAAGUUGGAAGGGAAGUUGGAGUUAGCCGUUGAGUUUCGUCUCCACCAAGCCUCAGCUUUUACCACCGAACACUCCCACCCACCCUUAUUAAAUCGUCGUUCAAUCGAGCAAGAAAAGGAACGCUUAACUCAACAACAAGAAGCAGUAACCAAUGAAGAACAGCGCGCCGAUAUUACCGUUGAAAAAGAAGCCAUUAGCCAAGAAAUAAACCAGUUAGCAACUACCCUCCAUGAUAAUUCGGUAAUUGAUAAUUUUAAUCAGCAAAAGUUAAAGAAUGAACAAAUCGUCAAAGAAUGUCAAGAAUUAUUGGCUAAAUUAAACCCAAUAAAUAAUCCUGACUAA